GCAAAAAAUAGGUGUAUGUGUAGGCACUAUUCGGUUUGUUAUUUCAACUUGUACUCUCCGCUACUGCGCUUAGCAGUACUAGUCUGAUUCAAGUUGCUCAUCAGGCUCUAUGUCACAACGCUAAUACUCAGCCUGUUAAUAAGAGAAGAUCUUGGUUACGACUGCCUCGCUACCAAGUACUGCUUAUCAACCGAACUAGGUCUGGUGUACAUUCAAUUGAAAUAAAAUCUAAAUGAUUCCCCGAGAUUGAUCAGGCAGUGCCUCCACCUUCGCCAUGUGGCAACCAUUACAGAAAUUGCAUAUUCUUAUGCUGCCUAUCUGCUGUUUCAGAUAAUGGGUUACCGAAUCUAUCUGAUCAACCAUGUAAGUGCUGCCCCUUGGUCUGCCAAUGGUGAGGCAUGUGUUCUGCUUGCUUAAAGCUUCAUUCUCCACCAGCCCAUCCACCACCCGUGCCAACUUUAUGUCUAGUACACAUGUCUUGAACUCAGGCUCCUGCCAGCAGCAUAGUCAUGGUAACCCGGUGACCCUUCAUACUGAUAGUACUCAGCACUACGACCCUGUGUCGUGGGAGUGGCCGGACGUCCGAGUCCACCAUUCGCAUUCCACCAAUUCUACCAUGUCCAGCCUGCUCUCACCUAAUAUGCCUCCGCAUUUGGCUGCAGAAUAUAUCCAUCACCCUCCAUCCACCCACCACCCAUAUUUCCUCCCGGCUCAUAGCCAUCCCUUGUCACCCCUCCUAUCCUGCCAAUGGAUACAGGAAGACACACACCGAAUCUGCGAAUGGAAAGGAGCGCGGCAGGCGCUAAAAGCGCACUUCAAAACACAUAUCAUUCCAGGCCCCCCACGCGCCAAGUACAAUGCCGGUGGGAUGGCUUGUAGUUAUACAAAACGUUCCAAACCUUUAGUGCGCUCUAUGCGCAGGGACUGCAUGUACCGUCACGUAUCAGAAAUUCACUUAAGAAUGAAGAGGGUCACGUAGGCGAGCUCACCCCUUCAUGUAUUAUUGCUGUAUCAUUGCUAGCUGUAUUGCUAUGUUGGACCCUUAUCGAUUGUUCGUCGUUGAC